AGCGCAAGUAGAGCGAGAGCGCGCAGAGAAGGACGUUGAGCGCGUCUGACUGAAAGUGGCUCGAGCGCUGGUAGGUGCGCGCAAAACCUGUUCACAGGAUAAUUUUUAUCGAAUAAAAAUAUUUUCCAACUUCAGAUGACCAUUUCUUAUUAAAUAAAUCCGUAAUGACACGUCGCAGUAACAAAUAAACGAAAUCAUCGGGGGGGGAACUGGAAUAUGCCUCCACCUGACAUUCAAAGGUAAAAUCUCCUCAGAAAAAAAAGGAAUUUGUUACUUACGGAAGGAACUGAAACAACUAAACUGUUUUUAAAUUGCCUUCAUUAAUUAUCCAGACAAGAAAUUUGUAUUGAAUUCGUUCGAGAAACUCGGUGGCUUGUUGUUAUUUAAAGAUAAUUGUGCGUCAAGUUGCUGAACUUAGGGAUGAUGAGAGUUUGAAGCGCACGCGACUCCCGCCGCUCCCGCGCGCCGGAGGAUCCGUCCGUUCAUGUUCAUGGAGUUUAUAAGCGGGAGCCGCUAGAAUGGAUGCAGUGAUUGAUGAAACGGAGGCCUUACAGAGAUUCUUCGAAGGUCAUGAUAUUAACAGCUCUUUGGAGCCAACAAACAUUGACACCAGUAUCCUGGAGGAAUACAUCAGCAAAGAGGACGACAGCACUGACAUUUGUUUCACAGAGGUCCACAGCACCCCAGGACCCCAGUAUACUUCGCCCCAGGCCGGGGCAUCCUCUUCAGGGGGGUUAGGGUGUGGCGUGAGCCCCCCCAUCCCCCUGCGCCAGGGCGCCGUCCCGUCUCUGCCCCAGGCCUGCCAGAAUCCCUAUCCACCUCCACCACCACUGGGCCACCUCAGACACAACUACCCCUGCCUGGGGCAACAGCAGAGCCAAACACCCCAACAGCCACACGUCAAACCGGACCACCGUGGGCAGUACGCACCCGGAACGCUACCUGAGUCCCCUCCAGACUCCAGCUCAGAGCCGUAUUCACCCCAGCAAGCCAACGAUCCGCACAUGCUCAGGACAAUGACGCCCGAGAACAUGUGUCACAUGACCAGUCCUCCACCUCUCCCCACACACCCCCUCUAUCCCAGCAUGCACCGGGACAUGUACCUUAAGCCAGAGCCCAUGAUCUCGCAGUAUCCGAUUGGUCCGACCAGCGGCGGGGGCGGAGACAUUCAACAGAGUCAGAUGCUACAUCAGCUCCUGCAACAUCCACAAGGACCAGAUGGGAUUCCCGUACAUCCGGCAAAGAAGAGAAAACAUUCAGACUCUCCCAACAGCACUCUCAACUCCCAGAUACUCACGGGUAUCAUCAAACAAGAGCCAGGUUUGAUGCAGGAUGCAGAAAACUCAUACCUGGAUCCAAACUAUCAGUGCAUAAAGUGGCAGGCGCACCAGCAGAACAAAUGGACUACGUUAUACGACUCCAAUGGAAAAGAACUUCCGAUGCCUACCUAUAGGGUGGACGCAGAUAAGGGUUUCAACUUCUCCUUGGCUGAUGAUGCAUUUGUGUGUCAGAAGAAGAACCACUUCCAGGUGACCGUGUACAUCGGAAUGCCGGGAGAUCCCAAAUACGUGAAGACCGGAGAGGGGCUGCAGCCCAUCGAAUGCUUUUAUCUGAAACUCAAUGGGGUCAAGCUGGAAGCAAUGAAUCAGUCCAUUAAUGUGGAACAGUCACAGUCUGACCGGAGCAAAAGACCCUUUAAACCAGUGUUAGUGACGUUGCCGCCAGAGCAGGUUACAAAGGUAACGGUGGGUCGUCUCCACUUCAGCGAGACCACAGCCAAUAACAUGAGAAAGAAAGGCAAGCCGAACCCCGACCAGAGGUACUUCAUGCUGGUGGUAGCUCUUCAGGCUCAGUGUCACAGUCAGAGCUUCACAGUGGCGGCUCACGUCUCCGAGAGGAUCAUCGUCAGGGUAACCGCUGCAUCUAAUCCAGGUCAGUUUGAGAGUGACAGUGAAGUGUUGUGGCAGAGAGGGCAGAUGCCAGACUCUGUGUAUCAUCACGGCCGAGUGGGCAUCAACACGGACCGGCCGGAUGAGGCCCUGGUUGUCCACGGCAAUGUGAAGGUCAUGGGAUCCCUUGUGCAUCCUUCCGAUAUUAGAGCCAAGGAGAAUGUGAAGGAGGUGGACACCACUGAUAACCUGAGGCGGAUUUCUCAAAUGAGGCUGGUGCAUUAUCAGUAUAAGCCUGAGUUUGCAGCCACAGUGGGCAUCGACACCACCGCUGAGACCGGGGUGAUCGCUCAGGAGGUCCAGCAGAUUCUACCGGAGGCUGUGAAAGAGGGAGGAGACGUGGUGUGUGCUAACGGAGAGACCAUCCCUAAUCUACUGGUGGUCAAUAAAGAUCGGAUCUUCAUGGAGAACGUGGGAGCGGUGAAGGAGCUCUGCAAACUCACUGAUAAUCUGGAGACUCGCAUUGACGAGCUCGAACGCUGGAGUCGAAAACUAGCCAAACUGCGCCGGCUAGACAGCAUGAAGAGCACCGUCAGUGGAGGCACAGUCAGCCAAUCAGGAAGCUAUUUUAGCAGAACAGGAAGUGGCCCACUCAAGAAAAAAACAGCUAAGCCAGGAAGCAAGAGGUCCGUCCCGGAGCAGAGCUGUCUGAGUCACAGAUUCAUGCAGGGCACCAUCCUGGCGCUGGUCAUCAUAAUGGCCUUCAGUGUCAUAUCCAUGUCCAUCCUCUAUGUGCUCAAUCUUCAACACCAUGGAAGCAUAAGUGAUGUUGAGGGUGUCGUUUGUAGCUCUGCAUCCCACUGCCUUCUUUUCGUCUCUUGGACGCCCUUCCUCACUACAACCGUCACAUUCUGUCCAUCCUUCUGUCUGUGGUCUCGUUCUGCUCUGGGUUCGGCUCGAAAGGCUUCUUUGUCGCCUGCCAGAAUGACCACAUCCACUCUCUCUCCAGACUCCACCUCCCCAUCGUUGUCCAAUCACCCGCCCUGCUGCCCUCCAACACCUGCCACAACCAACCAAUCAGCCACUAUCAGUCUGUUGCCAGGCAACAACCAAUCCACACCAGACUCCAGCACUGCCGUUCCCACCCAAGCCACUAUUAAUAAGAAGGCAAAAUCUCGGCCGCUGGACAAAGACAGCCGGAACAAGAACCGUCUGAGUCACACGUCGGCUCCUCUGAAUCUCAGCAAAGCCAAACGGCCGCCUCAGCCUCCAGAGAUGAGCGGAGCAACCAAACGCUUGCCUGGUGGACAACAGCCUCCAUCCCGAAGACAGCGCAGUGUCAACACACACGGUGGAAAUCCACUAGCCUGUCUGAGCAAACUUCACAUCCUCGAGAUGGAUCAGGAGAUCAGAACACUUGAUUGUUCCUCACCUGAGAGCUGCAGCUUUACUGUGUUUCUAAAUGGGGACAGAAACUCAUCGAUGUCUUACAUUACUCUGCACAUGAUCUCCCCUGAGGUGGUGUGGGUGUGGCAGUGCGGAGCCACCAGGGGGCGUCUCUGUUCAAAUCACCCAGAAGCUUCUUUCUCAUUAAAGCGGAGCACUUUUACAACGGGGACCAGCCACCUGUGGUCACUUCCUGUUAUGCCUUUUCAAGAGGUCACCUAUCAUUUCAGAGUGUCACAUUCAAGUCAAAGUGGAUGCAGCAGUGAAGGUGACGUUGUGUCCUCCCAGUGCUCUGAGUACAGUUUCCUCAUUCAAAGCACAUGCUAAAGAGUGUCAAGAUUCAGCUUCAGCUUCUCCUGUGUCCACUCAUAUCGCCUCCCCAGAUUCAAAGACUGUUUUAUCUGGGCUGGCUGCUAAAGACGUCUUAUCUGUGUUUGUUCUGCGCAUAUUUGUACAAGACGAAAGGAAAAUGAGCAUAUUUCAAAAAUAAUUUUUCUUCCGAGAUCACUUAGCCUUCACCUCAAUAGCAUAUUACUGCUUAUAUACACACACUUCUUUUGAUUUGCCAAAAUAUAAUAUAAACAGGUACCAGUGAGCGGCUGUUGGGUGGAGCUCAUGUUCUGCAGUCUUUUCUAUCUGUCUUUCUGUAAACUCCACUGUUACACCAUGAACUGCACUUAAAGUCAACAAGAAACCAAAAACAACCCUAUUUAAUUUCUUAAAAAGGUCAUGUGAUGCUAUUUUAAAAGUUAUAUUAUUCAUUGGGUGUACUAGAAUAGAUUAACAUGCUAAAAAAAACAACAUUAUUUAUCACAUACUGUACAUUAUUGCAGCCCCUCUAUUCUUAUUUUUUCAAAGCCCUUCCUUCCGAAAAGCCAAGUGCUCUGAUUGGCCAGCAGACCCAGUGCUAUGUGACUGGACAAAAACCUCAAGUGUGUGUCAGAAAUGUAACGCCCCUUACCAUAAUUGUGAGUUUCAGCUUCCAAGGCUUCUAAAGCAGUUGUACACACAAACAGUUCAUUAUAAUGUCAGUUUUACCGUAUCAGUUCGAGCUCGAGUCAGAUUCAGAAAAUGCAGAUGAUCGAGCGGAUCGACCAACUUUGCAAGCACAACUUGUGAUUCAGGAAGCUGUUUUUGAAGGAAACUUCUAGGUUGUACUGCUCAAGAACAGCGUUAUAAAUAAAUCUUAACCACUGAUUCCUAAUUUCAUCCAUUUUCGGAAGGCCAAACGAAGGGGUUUUACUUUCAAAUUGAAACACGAAGUGACAUGACAACAACAGCCUCGCCUUCUUUCUUUGCAUAUGCCUUUGAGUUAGCUUUAUGCUAAUGUUUCAAAUUGUGACGUAGAUGUGUGUGGAAGUAUCUGGACUUGGAUUGAAGCAGUUUAAGGCCCGUUCACACCAAGAAGAAUGAUAACUAUGAAGAUACCGAUAAAGAUAUAUUUCCACAAAUCGUUGAAUAGCACCACAGCUAUAACGAUAUAGACAUAGUUGGGGUCACUUUCAGAACUAUUUUUUUCCAGCUGUUGAACGAUAAAACACUGACAGCCAAUCAGAAUCCAUUCUAAUUUAAGCGCUCACGUAUUUAAAAUGGCGGACGACAUUGCGGAGACAAUUCAAACCCCCUUUUCAAAGACACUUUAAAGAAAAUGGCAUUUAUUGUCAUACCCUCGGAACAAAUUGUGAUAAGUAUUAACGAUGCCAGGCUAGCAAACAGUGUAAAAUAAAAUUACCUCAGAUAUCCAGCGCUAGUUUCAUCUUGCUUCCUUUAAAGUCGCAGUGAAAAAGACUAGGCGUUGUUUUUAUUCCACUAUAUUGACUUCGUCAGCUAAAUUCACAGUUAAAUUAGAACUAUUACACUCGAAACAUAGCAUGCUGAGGACAUCUGCUGGUUAAAGCCGUGUAAAUGCAGUAUGAACAGCAAAAACAUGUUGUACACACUUUGAAACCGCAGCGCGGGAGCUUAGAAUAAACAGACCGUUAUCGUUCGUUGGUGUGGACGCAAAUAUAGUUAUCUUUCUUGGUGUGAACGGGCCUUAAUGUGGGAGACUAUGAGCUUUGUAACUUUGCAGAUCUUAUACAUGCUAAAACAGAUACAUUACAAGCUAAAGGAAAAGUAAAGUAUUAAACGCAUCAUAUUACCAUGUUUCUGCGCUUACCGUGACAUCUCGACAGUUUAAUGAAUUUGACCUAACCUGCUCUGCGAGAUUGUCUUCAAAAUCUUGCUUCGCCAUGAGUUGAGCUGACGGAGAAAACUGAAGAGUUGACGCAGUGUUUCCCGCCUCUUACAACAAUUCAUGAAACCGAACUCGCGUUUGCUUUUGCGUUAUAAUGGAUCUGCAUGCUCACAAACUCUUAUUUUUAAAGUCCUUUUCUUGCUCAUUGACCGUUUAUACACUGGAAAUGGCUUUAACUGCACCAGCUGGCUCAUUAUUAAUGAGAGACAAACUGGAUUAUUUACCUCACGGUUUGUUAAACUUCCCAUGACUGCUGUUGGAGGAUUUUAAUAAGAAUAAACAGGCAGGGUUGCCAUGUUUAACAGCCUCAUUUCUGCGGUCACGUCCACUGGAGAGAUACAGAUAUAAUGUAAGCAGUGUUGAAAGUAUCUAUAUUUAAAAGUUACUGUAGUAAAGAUAUCAGCUCAUAUCAAGAAAGAAUUAACCAUAAAUAAAACCAACUACUGGAUUUGAGAGUUAGAGUCACUGGAUUUCUCUUUAAAACUGGAACAAAAGCAAUCGUAAGUCAAACACUGUGGCAAAAACACUGGAUCAUACACUCAUUAACUGUCAGGAAACACUUCAAAUUGAGUUUUUACUACGGUACUUAAUAUUUCCUUUUCCUUUUACACCUUUUUUUAAAUGCAUUGUUUUAACUUUAGUAGUAUGCUGCUAUGCAUACUAUACUUUAUAUAAGCCUUAACCAAUGAUUUUGUUCCAAAUAGAUCUUUUGAACAGUUUAUAUGCAGUAUAUUCUUGUAUAGUUUUAUCUGAACGUUACUUGUCUAAACAGUUGAAGCAUCUCGGUGGUUUCUCAGAGAAUUUGUCAGACAAUGUCCCAAAUGUUGAGUAUUACUAAACAAAACCCAUAGAUUCAUGGUCAUUUAAAAAAUAACAACUUUGUAAAUUUUAACAACUUCAUGGAGUCUUUUUGUCUUUUGUUUGUUUAUUAUCCUUGUACACAUAACAUGUUGAUGUUAUAGAUAUUGUUUGAAUAUUUUAAAGCAAUAAGUAAAGCCAUAAAGUAGUCUUUGUAAAGCUGGUCAAUAUGUGAUUAUGAUGGUCAAAUCAUGAAGAGAACCAGGAAAGUGUUGACUGAAAAUGUUGUGCACUAAAAUUAUAAUUUCCAUAACACCACACUAAUGGAUGAUACUGAUUCUGAGUAUAAACACAGUUGGGAUGAUCUUUUGAAAUCUAAUAUAUGGUUAUUUUUUAUAUCACAUAUUCUGUCCUGAGUAAACCAGCCUCUUGUGGAAGCACUUCCAAACUAUGCACUGUAAAUAUUUUUCUAAUGUUUUCUGUGACAUCUAAAACUGUUUAAAUACUCUGUAAUAUAUAAAAUGUUUUUGUGAAAAUUCAGUUCGGUUUUUAUUGUUUGUUAUAACUUUCAUUAUAUGUACAACCAUAUCCUUUAUUUCUGUUCUUUUUACUCUUCAUUAAAUUCGUUUUUAUAACAUGUAAUUUUACUAAAUUUAUGAUUUGUUGGUGCAUUGUUAAUCAUACCAUGUUUGAUUAAAGGCAUUUUUAUUUUUUAAACAUUUUAAAUAACUUGUCUUAAGUGGGGUAAAACAUUUCUUGUUCAUCAGUGACUAGCGUAAAAUUACAUAAACUGAUUUUACCACCAAAGGACAAUAUAUUUUUCUCAGUUGUCUGUUUUGUUAUGUUUGUCUUUAUGGCUCAAAGCCCAGUAAGAACUAAAAUAUUAAAAACUGUUAAUUGACUAUUGUGUUUAUGUCCCAGAACAUUUUCUCUUUUCUUUCGCUUUAUCUGAGCUUUCUGAAAGCCUGUUGUAUAUUGAUACAUAAUCAUUAUUUUUAGUUCAGCUGCAUAAUUUCAGUCUCACUUUUUUGACAUGUAUGUGUACUGAUGUCAUAAUACAAAUGUAUGCGAGCAUGAUGCAUAAAUUAAAUAAAUAUUUUUUUUUCUGGAUACUAAA